CCUGAAAGGGAAAGCCCAAAGAGUAUAAUAUCUGCUAGCGGUAGACUUGGGCUAUUACAACAUACCUCACUAGUUUUGAGGAAGUUUCACUCACCCUAAAGCCAGCGGUGGGAGACAGGGUUUUAUGUCGAAGGGUUUAAAUCCAAGGCUUUGAAGGGUAUCUCCAAAAUAUCUUAAGCGUUCAAAGCUUUGGUAGAUGUUACAUUUUCCCCUAUUAUAAAAGAAUGUGAUCAGAGUAUGUUUAAAUUAGGUAAAUUUUCAUAUUUUGGAUCACAUUCAACUGAACAAAAUUACAUAAUCUUCAAAAGGCUCCAUAUGUCAUUUUUCUUAUAAAUAUACAUUGCCUCUGAUGAGAAAUGGAUCUGAAUUUGCUUAACAUAUCUUAAUCUUAUGUUUGUAUUGAUCUUCUAUCACUGUAUCCCUGAUUUCGUUGAAUCUUUCAGUGUAUAAGACUCAACCCUUGUUCAUCUGGGAAGCAUAUAUGAUUUUAACUUUUUUGCUCAUGGGUGGCUGCACAUUUGUUUUUCCUGCCACUGACUGAUUGAUUGUUACCUUAAAUAUUCUCUUUUAGCUUCCCCCAACUCACUUGGUACCAUUUAGAUUUGUCAUUGAAACAGAGAAACAUGUCAUGUAUGGGAACUUGCUGAUAUGAAAUCUGCCAUGAAUUUUCUUACAAACAUGUUCAUUAUUUUUAUUCCAAUGAUUGUGAAUGAAACUGAUAAGAAUUCUGCGAGGCUGGAAAAUAACAAAAUCCAGGAAUCCCACUUCUUAACACAUUGUUUCAGCACAUAAAAUACUUUGAUGUAGUAGGAAGAAGAUGCUGCUACCUAUGGUGAACAUAGCUGCAUACAAAGCUUUUGCCAGGAGAGGCAGGAGCAGAGCUUGGUGCCGGUGCUGCUGGUGUUGUCAAGCUAUUAGACCCGACGCUAACGCUCAACUUCUCCCUGAACGAGCACUGGGGAGUGACAUGGCUUGUGCCAUGAAAUGGUCCUGCCUUGGCAUUGGAGGAGGGUUUAAAGGCUUUGUUACCAAGUUUGUCACCAACAGUGAAGGUCUUAUAGGCAGCCCGGCGUAUAAGGACAUAUCCUUCAGGAUUCUCAAGCCUUCAUGGCCUCCAACUACAUGGAUGGUUGCAGGCUGGCUGGCACAUACCAAAGCGAUCACACACCAAACAAGCUCAUUGUGCUGGCCGUUUGCUCCUUGUGUUGUGUUCGCAGGUUGUCCCUAUUUUCUUUUCAAGCUCGUUCCUUUCCUUUUUCUCACUUUGAGCCUCAUCGUGUCACAAUCGCACUUUUGUAGUAGCAGGACAACAAUUGUGGCACAUUUGUUCUAACCCAAUGAACUAGUCAACCGUAUGAAAGUCAG